GUUUGGAAGAUGGGACAUGUUUUCACUUUAACUUGUAAUUUAUUAUUUAAUUAAUUAAAGUCUACGUUUAAUUAACUAAUUUUAAGCGCAAAGUUCACACAUCCACAUUGAGAAAGCAACGGGAAGAGUAUGUCAAAACGCACAGCCGACGAGGCAACGGGCAGUGGUGGUGGCAGCUGCUUGGUGGCAGCCGCCGCCGCCGGCCAACCACCGAUCAAAAAGGUUCACUUCGAGCCGCAUUUGAUCGGGCCCGUGUCGACGCUGGAGGAGAUGGACAUCAAGGUGCUUGAGUUCCAGAAUAAGAAGCUGGCGCAGCGCAUUGAGCAGCGCAUGCGAACAGAGGCCGAACUGCGGCAUCGGAUCGAGCAGCUGGAGAAACGUCAGACCCAGGACGAUGCGGUGUUGAAUGUUGUGAAUCGGUAUUGGAAUCAGCUUAACGAGGAUAUACGCGUGCUGUUGCAGCGCUUCGACGCUGAGACGGCCGACGAGCUGGAGAACAAAAAUGAGAACGAGGUGACGACUUCGUUUCUCACACAACUCUCCACCUGGGACAAAGAGGAGCUGGACGAGAAGCUGGCGAAUCGUGUGCAGGUCUCGAAGCGGGCUGUGGCAAAAAUUGUGCAGGUUAUUGAUAGGUUAAUGCAGCGUAAUGAGAAGAUAACAAAUGUACUGAAAGGUGAAGGUGGUGUGGGCGGUGCUUCGUCGACGGCGGCCGCGGCUGCUGGUGGCGAGGAGGAGUCGGGUGCGGAUGCGGAUGCUUCAAGUGCUGGCGCACACGCCAUUGAUGAUACACUGAAGCAGACACACAUUGAGAUUAUGACAGAGAAUCGCAAUUUGCAAAAUCUGAACACAUCUCUGCACGAAAAGUUCCAUACCAUGUCCUUGAAAAUGAAGGAAUACCAGGAUGCACUGACGGCAAAGGAGACAGAAAACGCCGAGCUGAAGAAUCAAAUCGACGAACUGCAAUACGAUCUGGAGAAAAUACAUUGUCGCAACGACAAGCUGGAGAAUCAUUUGGCCGAGGCGAUCGAGAAACUAAAGGCCUAUCAUCAGAUCUAUGGCGAUCCCAACAAAAGCACCAGCAGCGCCAAAGUACAGAGUACAGGCGGAAGUGCGACAACCAGCGUGAACAGCCAACUACUGGAGGAACUGCAAAAGGAGCUGGAGGAGUACAGGGAGCUGGCAAACAAUCGCCUGCAAGAGCUGGAUAAGCUACACGCCACGCAUCGGGAGACCCUGAAAGAGGUGGAGAAGCUUAAAAUGGAUAUACGUCAGCUGCCCGAGUCGGUCAUUGUGGAAACCACCGAAUACAAGUGUCUGCAGUCGCAGUUUUCCGUGCUCUACAACGAGUCCAUGCAGAUUAAGACGAUGCUUGACGAGACGCGCAAUCAGCUGCAGACCAGCAAGAAUCAGCACCUGCGCCAGAUCGAGGUGAUGGAGAGCGAGGAGCUGAUCGCACAGAAAAAGGUGCGCAGCGAGAUGAUACAAAUGGAGGAUGUCCUGGCGCUCAUACGCAAGGAGUACGAGGCGUUGCGCAUCGAAUUCGAGCAGAACAUGGCCGCCAACGAGCAGACGGCGCCCAUCAAUCGCGAGAUGCGACACCUCAUCACAUCGCUGCAGAACCACAAUGGUCAGCUGAAGGGGGAGGUGCAGCGCUACAAGCGGAAGUAUAAGGACACCUCUACGGAUAACGUUAAGUUGCGCAAGGAGCUGGACGAAGCACUGGCCAAGCUGGAGGGCAACAAACAACAGCAAGCCGCAGGCGCUGCCGCUGGCGAGGAAGUCAAACAGGAAAAUGCCACCAACGUUAAGGAGGAAAAUGCAAAUAGUGUGGCCUCCAGUGGCGUCUCAAGUAUGACCAGCACGGGCAGUGAUCCCAAUAUUGCCAUCAAGGAGGAAAACUCGGCAUCGGCGGACGACGAGCUGGAUGAUGAAUGCAACGCGAAGGAUACUAAGGAUGGCAUCAAGCAAGAAAAGAUGAAUGCCAGCGAAGUUGCUGCUACGGCAGCUGCAGAGAAAAAGGACUCGCCCGGACCGACGAAUGCAUCCACGUCGGCAGCAAACGCCACCAAUACGGCGACUGUUAAAACCGAAAAGGACUCCAAAGAAGGCGUCAAAACCAAAGACGUCAAGGUGUUGGAAAGCGAAACAGUGCGAGAUCUAAAGGCGCAGCUGAAAAAAGCGCUGAACGAUCAGAAGGAAAUGAAACUGCUGCUGGAUAUGUAUAAGGGAGUAUCGAAGGAUCAGCGCGACAAAGUGCAGCUGAUGGCCACCGAGAAGAAAUUGCGCUCCGAAAUUGAGGAGUUGCGCCAGCAGCUGAAAAAGUUGCAGGAGAGCAAACGGGAGGAGCGCAAAAAGCUGGCCGACGAGGAGGCGUUGCGAAAAAUCAAGCAGCUGCAGGAGCAAACGUACGAGCUGCAGAAGCAGGUGGCCAACCACAAGCCGCCGGAGAAUGCGUGGGGCGCUGCUGCCGGCAUUGGCAAUUAUACGCGACCCUUUGUUGGCUCCCAUGAGGAAGAGGCGCUGCUCAACGAGAUGGAGGUGACGGGACAGGCUUUCGAGGACAUGCAGGAGCAAAACUCCCGUCUCAUACAGCAGCUGCGCGAGAAGGACGAUGCCAAUUUCAAGCUGAUGUCUGAACGCAUCAAAGCGAACCAGCUGCACAAGUUGCUGCGCGAGGAGAAAACCGUGCUGGAGGAUCAAAUAACCACGGCCACAACACAAAUUGAGGCGAUGCAUGUGGUGCUGCGCAAGCUGGAGGAGAAGGAGCGCAGUCUGCAGGCCACAGUGGCGUCCAUUGAGAAGGAGCUGAUGUUGCGGCAACAAGCGAUGGAGAUGCACAAACGCAAGGCCAUCGAAUCGGCACAGUCGGCCGCCGAUCUGAAGCUGCAUUUGGAAAAGUAUCAUGCGCAGAUGAAGGAAGCGCAACAGGUGGUGGCCGAGAAGACCAGCUCACUGGAGGCGGAGGCCUACAAGACGAAGCGACUGCAGGAGGAGCUCGCCCAGUUCAAGCGCAAGGCCGAGCGUAUGAAGAAGAUGGAAAUGUCCGGCACAACCAUCGACGAGGUGAUGAUUGAGGAGAUACGCGAGUACAAGGAGACGCUAACAUGUCCCUCCUGUAAGGUGAAGCGCAAGGAUGCUGUGCUCUCCAAAUGCUUUCACGUCUUCUGCUAUGACUGUUUGCGGACGCGGUACGAGACGCGGCAACGCAAAUGCCCCAAAUGUAAUUGCGCCUUCGGGGCCAAUGAUUAUCACAGAUUAUAUCUGCAGUAAACACAUUCGAAGUCGAAGCAGCAUCGACAGCAACAUCCAGAGCAACAAAAAGCAGCUGCUAACCAGCCAACUAUGUAAUUCUGUUCUACAACUAAUCAUUUUUUUAUUUUAACAUUCGUUUUAAGUGGCCUCCGCCUGGCAAUAUCGUGAACCGAUUUUAUAUAUCGCCAAGCAUCUCAAUACGAGUUUCGGGAAUAAUUGUGUUUCCCGUCUUUUAUGUAGCUUCUAGAUUAUGUAAAUCAAACUAUUGUACGAAUAGAAGUUUUAAAUGAUUAUGAAAACUACCUUUUACAAUUAUGAACACACGCGGCUAUACAUAUUUAAAUAAAUAAAUGGCUAAAAUAACAAA